AUGUAUCACAACGGAAUUGAUAAGCUAGAAGGCUUCGCACAAUCGUAUGGCGAUUACGUUAAGGCGCAGGCCCUGUGCAAUCCCUGCCUAUUAAAUCUCGACAAAUUUCUUUCAAGUCAGGCAAUCAGUCGUCGAAGCUGUCGUGUCACAGCGUUAGAUUUCAGAGCAGAGGUUGAAGGUCUCUUUUCACAAACAAAUGUAGCUUUACACGAUCUUCCCUCGAAGCUUAGGACCGAUGGUGAGGCUCAGAGCUCAUUACAAGGACGAAUCUUUAUCAUUGAAGAUCUCACUAAAGAUAUUGUUGAGCUCCUUGGUUUUGAGUUUUCUAUCGAUCCACUCUUCUUUGCGUUACACCUGGGUGUAAGCCAAAGGGGAGGGGCUUUGAUUCUUGUUGAUCCCCCUAUAGACGACGUUUAUUUCGCAGAUGACGGCAAAGACGUAAAGUCAAAAGCUCAAUUCCACGUGGAACCCUUUCUUGGAACUUAUGAAGACUUCAUGGAGCCUUUCGCUUCAUCCGAAGGGUUCGAUCCUCCUCAAAUACGUCUAGGAAGAAGCAUGUCAGAAGACCUUGGACAGUAUUGGCAGCGUGGCAUCCCGGUCUGCUUUGACCCGAAACAUCCCACUAUACAGUCACUUGCGUAUUUUCCUCUACGAAUUGUUGCUGCUGAAUGGGUGAAAUACAUCGCUGUAAUGCAUGACUGUCUGGUGAGGCAUGAAUACAAGAGUAAUGAAGAUCCAGCGCUCGAAGAAUUCGACACUAGGCUGCAGGAACUUCAGAGCUGGAGACGGCGUAGCAAACUCUCGCAGCAGAAAGUACGUUUUGUGCUCCGUCUACUUAAAUCGUGGAUGGUUGAGAAUCCAAAUGAUUCGAGACUCUUGCAACCCCUGAUCACGGAUUACCAGCACAUCAGCACCAAUAUCGAAGAAUAUGGCCGAAUGCUGGAAAAUACCGUGCCUGUUGUUACGUCUCUUGUCCAGAUAUUUGAAGCUAGACGGGCAUACACCGAGACUUCUAACAUCUCACGUCUAACAAUUCUGGCACUAAUAUUCGUCCCGCUGAACUAUAUCUCCAGUCUGUUCAGCAUGAACUUAAGCGUUGCACCUGGAAGCUCCCACUUUUGGGUGUACUUUGUUGUUGCUAUACCGGUUACAUUAUUAAUCGUCGUGGUUGCACGGUAUCCCUCUCCACACAUAUGGAAUAUUUCUGCUUGGGUAGAGGCACUUGGGAGAUCGCGGUUCAGGAGCCCGGAAAUAGUCUAA